AAAGAAAAAACAUUUUCACCUAAUAUAUCUCCGCUGAUAAUGAUCUUAUCAGUAAGAGUAAAGAGUAAGAGUGAGUUCCAGUAACAUCACGGCAAGAAGCAAGCUAGGAAUCUCCUUUUGAUCAGUUUCUGAAAGUUUUAACUACUAACUGUCUAGGAUACGCCAGCCUAAUUCGCUGUGUUUCUAUACUUUGUAUCACCGAGCGAGCGAGCGAGCAAGCAUGGCUUUCAGGUCUACGAGUAUUUGGAAACGGAUGGUGAGUGGUUUAGGAGGAGGACGCGCAACAUAUGCGACCUCAACUUCACCAAAACUCAAGCCUUUUGCUCCAACUGCAGAUUUCGCGCAUGAUGGGAGUGUUGCAGUGAAGAAGGGUGACUUUGUGCCUGUGUAUGUGGCCAUUGGGAUGAUAACGCUGUCGAUGGGUCUGGGGAUCUACACCGCAACGCAACACCUGGUGAACGACCCAACAGUGCGGGUCAAUAAGAAAAGAAGAGAGACCAUUCCUGAGGUGGUUGAGCCUGAGCGUGUGGUGAAUGAGGCCGAGAAGUAUGCCAAGAAAUCAUGGUUUAGGAAGGUGGCUCACAUUCAGGAGUUCAACCAUGUCAUACCUGAUGAUACCAUCCGUAAAGAUAUUUACGCAAACCGCCCUCGCGUUGAGACUCUUCAGUCCGUUGGAAUUGAUCCAAAACAGCUUUAAAUUUAAUUACUACUUAUAUUAGUAUUAAUCUUUUGGUUUCUCCAUCAGUAAAGUAGUAAUCAGCUGUAUGUUUUUAAGUUAUUUCUGCUUCGACUUCGACGACUUGGGACUGAAGGGUAUACCACUAUCAAUCAAUCCUUGUAAAUUGUAAUAGUGUUGGUUUGUUGGCUGCUGCUCCUAUGAUAUUGUAUAUAUCCACUGAUAUACAGAAGUACUAUUAACAUUGUUCUAA